GAGGUUAUGUUCAUGUGAGUUUGUGUUUAUUCAAGGUUUAUUGUGAAUAAAUCGAAUCAAAAUUGCAAUAUAAUAAACGGCAGCAUUCUCAUUGUAAUAUACACAUCCAGAGGAAAUACCGUACUCUAAAUAAUGAGUAUAACUUUAUUAUAUUCGUAGUUAUCAAAAUAUGAUAAAUGGACUACGAUUCGGACAGCAGUGUAGGCUGGAUUAAUGCUUCGUCGGAUAGUGAAUCUAACAAUAGCGUGACUUUUGGGACAAACAUGGGGAUGACUGACCAUGAAGAAGAGACUCUAGUCAAUAAUUCUGAGGUGAAAAAACACAAAAAAGCAAAGAAAAGAAAACAUGAUGAAGAUUCCUCUGUGAGUGACGAAAGACCAGCAAAGAAAAAGCAUAUUAAGGUUGAACUAGAGAGUGAUAGAGACAAAAGCGGUCCGGAGGAUAGUGUAGUUCAUUCUGAAAGCUUUGAUAACUUGAGAAUAAAACAAGAAAAUGCUGACGAUACUGAUGAACCAAGGAAAAAGCAAAAGAAAAAACAUAAAAAAUCAGAAGAGGAGUCUUAUAAUGAAUCGACUUUAUUGAAUGACACACAAGGUAGUGAUACAUUUGAAGUAUCAGCAUUAGAAAAUAGUGUAAGAAAAAAGAAGAAAAAAAAGAAAAGUAAACAUAGUGAAAGUGAGGAUGUUGGGGACGAAACUAUUGUUUCUCAAAAAGAUUAUGAAACUAAUGAUAAUGAACAAUCCGUUGUAAAUGAAAAUGGCAAAAGAAAUAAAGUGCCUUCGUCCACCUUUUUAGACAAUGAUUUAAAUGUGACUAAUGAAACAAUAAACGUCAGUGCUAUACCUUCUACAGUUCCUAAAAAAACAAAAAGGAUAUCUGAUCGCCUAAGGUUUGAAGAUGAUGAAAUUGUUACUACACUUGAAAAUGGUUACGAUUCAGAUAAGGAAGUAUCUUAUUCUAAAGAAGUCAAAACAUUUUUGAAGAGAAAUCAAAAGUUCUCUCCACUCACAACAUUUGCUCCAUUUAAAACCGAUGAAGAAGAUAUCUACAUUUUAAAGUGUCCAACUGGAAUAGACAUAAAAGAUUUUAAAGAUGUUAAUCUAGUUUUAGAUGGUAAGAGCAAAAUCAAAGUUGCAGGACAGACUUAUGAUGGUGUUAUAACAGAAACGGACACCAAAAAACUCUUAGUUACUAGUAGUAAAAAUAAUGUAUAUCUUAGAAAUGAGUCUGUACUUAAAACUAUAGUGUUCCGCCAAAGGAUACCUGUUCCUCACAUUCAAGAUGACUCAGUGAUCACUAGUAAUCAAACAACAUUUAUUCCAUUGCCGGACACAAAAUGUCGACAUCCAUUAUUCGGUACCAACUAUAGAAAUGCUAUAAAGGUGGCUAAAGCUGUUCGUGAGCGCUUGUCCGAGAAUAAUUUGCAGCCUGAGACAGUAGAACAAGAGACUUUGUAUAAAAAUAAGAAAAAGAAGCACAAAAAGGAGAAAGAAACAGUUGAAAGAGAAUCAGAAGUUGACAGCACCGUAAUUAAAGAAGAAGGCGAAAGUUCUAAAAAGAAAAAGAAGAAACGAAAAAUUAAAGAGGAGACAGAAGCCAAACCUGCUAAGAGGAUAAAACUUGAACAGGAUCCUGGCGCAUGGGAAUCUGAGAAGGCAAUAGAGGAAAACCUAUUUAACUUUUAAGCUUAAAUACAAAAUAUAUUAUUUUGUUUACUUUA